UAGUAAAGAUGUUCAAGAUGGCCUCUUAAAGUCAUACUUUAUUGUUGCGAACCUUACUUUAUAUUCUUUAUUAUAUUUAUACUUCAAGUUUAAUUUUGGACAAAACGUUUUUUUUUUCUUCUGAAUUUUUAUCCUAUCCUACUCAGUGUAAUUCUACAAAAACUAACUAACGAAUUUCCAACUCCUCUUUUGCGAGGAGAAAAACCGAAACAGGAGAGGAACWAACUGACCUUACGAGAGUUAAUUGAAAACUAAAAGGAUCAAGAGGAAACUGACAGAACAAAGCUAAGACGUCGAAGUGACUACAUAGUACGUAGUAGGUCUAUCGAUUUGAACAUCGCCUUGACUCAAGUGAGUAAAAGAUGGCCGACGCACAGUCUUGUGAUCUUUUGAAAGAAUGGAGUCUACGCGCGGAGGAGAUUUUCCCAAGUACUAUUGCAAUGUUUGUAGCAUUUACGAUCAUGAUCUGGCCUACCAUAGUUUUAAACUUUUUGAUUAUUUUCACGAUAUACCGUAAACCCUCGCUUCAAAAGCCAUCUUUUAUUUUUCUUUGUAAUCUUGCGAUGGCAGAUUUAGCAGUGGGAAUACUGGCCGUGCCUAUAACAACUGCAUGGAAGAUUGCCGAAUUSUACGACGAACAGAAGCUUAUCAUGUGUAAGCUAGGACAAGGAGUAUUUCUCGUCACAAGCGUGUUUACARGUCUUUCGUUAUAUACGAUAACAGCAGCCACAGUGGAUCGAUUCCUGGCCUUACAUUUGCACCUGACUUAYAUCGCCAUAGUAACGACCAAACGAGUUGUGAUYACGUGUGUAGGACUAUGGUUGGCAACGAUAGUCUYGACAUUCGUAGGUUUGAUAGGAAUAUCAAUAUUUAGGGUGGUCAUCAUGAUAACKAGUAUUUCAUGCCUGGUGAUACUGGUUUAUUGUUACUUAAAGAUAUAUCUUAUCGUUCGACGUCAUCACCAGCAGAUCCAAAGUCAAAUGGCACAAUCCCAAAGUGCUUCUCUUCCGAACAUCAAACCAUUCAAGAAAACCGUUUUCAACCUUAUGUACGUGCUUGGAACAAAUAUCCUCUCUUAUUCACCCUUUAUUUGYACGACAGUCGUUCGUGGAAUUGUCGGAGAUUCAAUGGCGAUUUUCUUCUYCUGGAACUUAUCCAUAACACUUAUAUUUCUGAAUUCCGCCAUAAAUCCAUUAUUGUAUUGUUGGAGACUUGUAGAAAUACGUGAGUCUCUCAAGGAAACAUUUCACAAUGUCUUGAUAUCUCCAAGAUGCAUCACUCAAACCAUAUAAAUAUAUUUUACUAUUCACCUUUUCACUUCAUUUAGAAUCAAUGCUGAAAAUUUUGAAUUACGUGUCACAGGCACUUUAAUGCUUUAGCCUUCUACUUAGACGUUCUUAAUGCCUGUCAUGCGACGUUUCUCAAAGCACUUAAACAAAUGAGCAUUUAUUGAAAAUAUUACACUAGAGGCACCAAAUUAAAUUUGUCAA